AUGGACAACGUCUCACACAAACACUUUAUCCUCAACGGCUUUGAUGAACUCGGAGCACUGAGGCCCGUCCUCUUCAUCCCAUUCUCCAUCAUGUUCAUUGUGUCACUGUCGGCCAACUCCCUGCUGAUAUACAUCAUCAUUUCACAGAGAAGCCUCCACUCACCGAUGUACAUCCUCAUUGCCGGCAUGGCAUUUGUAGACCUGAGCCUCCCGGUGUUUUUUGUCCCCAACAUGUUGCUGAGCUUCUUGUUUGACUGGAGGGGGAUCUCUCUGAUGGGCUGUCUGGUUCAGAUGUUCCUCAUUCACUUUGUAGGAUCUUUUCAGUCCACAUUACUGGUAUGGAUGGCGCUGGACCGCUACUUUGCCAUCUGCAUGCCACUCUACUACCAUGAACAUAUGGUUUUACCAAAAUUCCUCAAGUUUGUGAUCCCACUUGUGAUCAGAAACAUCCUCAUGAUCACAGUGUUAGUGAGUUUAGCAGGAACAUUGUCAUUCUGUGCUUCAAAUGUGAUAAACCACUGUUUCUGUGAGCACAUGGCCUUGGUGGAGCUGGCCUGUGGAAAAACUGCCAUCAACAGCCUGGUGGGGUUACUGACUGUGUUCCUCACUCCUGUAGCUGAUGCCAUCUUUAUCGCUGUCUCUUAUGUGGUGAUAUUUAGGUCUGUGCUGAAAUCUGGCAGAUCAAGUAUCAAAGCACUUGAUACCACCAUCACCCACAUUGUGGUCAUCAGCGUCAGCCUGACUGUGGCACUUAUUGCUUUCCUGUCAUACCGGAUCAGAAAUGGUCUUCCUGCUGCAAUGCGUGUUUUCUUCAGCACCAUGUACCUGCUGUUCCCAAGCUGUUUCAACCCGAUCAUCUACGGCAUCAGGACCACUGAGAUCCGAAAGCACAUCCUGAAGAAGCUGACAUUCUGUUGCUUUGUCCAAAAUGUGCCCCAGUCUUUAAGAAACCAGAAAAAAACAGUGAUGUAA